AUGGCACCGCGUUUGGGGCUCUUUCUGAUUUGGGCUGGUGCGUCUGUGUUUCUACAACUGCACCCUGUGAAUGCAGAUAAGCCGCUGAUGGAUGAGUACUACCUUCUUCCUCAAAUUUACACUACAGAAGUUCCUGGCACCUUUGCUGAUAGUAAAGUGGAGGAACCACAUAAGGAAGAAAGUCCUUCAUGUGCUUUCCCAUUCACCUAUAGAGGCGUAAAGUAUUAUAAGUGCACGUCCGUAGAUUUCACAACUGAAUGGUGCUCUCUCGAUGAACAUUAUGUAGGAAGACGGAAAACAUGUAGUCAUGAAGACCGUCCCAAAUGCCACUUCCCCUUUACAUAUCGCAAGAAACGAUAUUUCCGUUGCACAACAGAAGGGAGUGCGUAUGGUUACGCUUGGUGUUCACUCACUGCAAACUUUGAGCAAGAUUACAUUUGGCAGUACUGCGACCGAUAA